AUGUUAAAUGCUGCACAUAUGCAUACUGAUAUCAAGAUCCACCAGUAUUUACUGAUUGUCAUUGUGUUGGUUGCAGUCACCGUUGCUAUCCCAAUUACUGCUGCCAUUUCCAUCUGCAUCCUUCGUUGCAUUGAUACCAGAAGUGUUGCACAUGCACAUCCAUUGGCUGCCGCUUCCAGCAAAUAUUAUCCUGAUCAGGCACAUCCAAUGCAUCCAUCUUAUCAGACCACCUAUUGGUCUGGUGUGUCUGUUGCUGUACGAGCAGAACAAGAUGUGCUUUGUAGAACUCUACCGGGCAGAGGCAGAAGGCCCCAACAUUGUGCAGAUGUUUUGGAUGAUGGACGUAGAAGUUCCGCCCUUGGAAUAAAAGUACAAACUGCUACUGAAGUCAUCUAUGAGGAAAUCCGAGGUGCAAGUGGUGGUAAAAGACAUGAAGAGAGAAACUGUAUGGCAUCUGCCUGUCACCCUGACAUGGAAUCUUCUUCUCACCUUGACAAAGAAGAUCCCUAUGCUGAAAGAUAUGCAAAUCAUUGUCAAAAUGUUUCUGUUAGUAACAAUACGGCAGAUAUGUUAAAUGCUUCACAUAUGCAUACUGAUAUCAAGAUCCACCAGUAUUUACUGAUCGUCAUUGUGUUGGUUGCAGUCACUGUUGCUAUCCCAAUUACUGCUGCCAUUUCCAUCUGCAUCCUUCGUUGCAUUGAUACCAGAAGUGUUGCACAUGCACAUCCAAUGGCUGCCGCAUCCAGCAAAUAUUAUCCUGAUCAGGCACAUCCAAUGCAUCCAUCUUACCAGACUACUUAUUGGUCUGGUGUGUCUGUUGCUGCUAAUGAGCAGAACAAGAUGUGCUUUGUAGAACUCUACCGGGCAGAGGCAGAAGGCCCCAACAUUGUGCAGAUGUUUUUGGAUGAUGGACGUAGAAGUUCAGCCCUUGGAAUAAAAGUACAAACUGCUACUGAAGUCAUCUAUGAGGAAAUCCGAGGUGCAAGUGGUGGUAAAAGACAUGAAGAGAGAAACUGUAUGGCAUCUGCCUGUCACCCUGACAUGGAAUCUUCUUCUCACCUUGACAAAGAAGAUCCCUAUGCUGAAAGAUAUGCAAAUCAUUGUCAAAAUGUUUCUGCUGGCAGUAGACUCACAUAUUCCUUGCUCACCAAAAAUGAAGAUUUCUUACCUUUCAAGAUCACCAGUGAUGGUUUGAUUUCUACAAUCAUGUCUCUUGACCAUGAGUUCAAAGACAUUUAUAAAUUCAAGGUUUUAGCAAAAGAUAAUGGAAGCCCUCCACUUGAUAAUACGGUCAAUGUGAUUGUGGAGAUUGAAGAUAAAAAUGAUAAUGCUCCAUAUUUUACAUUUCCCAGUGUUAAUCCUUACAAUCUGGAUGUGAAAUAUCAUCCCCAUCAUACAAAGAAUAUCACACUUCUCAAGGCUGCUGAUAGUGACAGUCAAGAAAAUGCAUUUCUCAAAUAUGAAAUAACUGAAGGCAAUGAUAAACAGUUGUUUGCCAUCAAUCAUUAUACUGGAUUGUUAUCUUUCAGUCGCUUACUUAGCCAUCAAGAUGCUGGCUCCUAUCAUCUGAAGUUUAUGGUCAAGGAUAGUGGUAGUCCAGUUUUGUCUGCAAAGACGUCGGUGUUUUUGACAUUGGCAGUUAGUAACAAUACGGCAGAUAUGUUAAAUGCUUCACAUAUGCAUACUGAUAUCAAGAUCCACCAGUAUUUACUGAUCGUCAUUGUGUUGGUUGCAGUCACUGUUGCUAUCCCAAUUACUGCUGCCAUUUCCAUCUGCAUCCUUCGUUGCAUUGAUACCAGAAGUGUUGCACAUGCACAUCCAUUGGCUGCCGCAUCCAGCAAAUAUUAUCCUGAUCAGGCACAUCCAAUGCAUCCGUCUUACCAGACUACUUAUUGGUCUGGUGUGUCUGUUGCUGUACGAGCAGAACAAGAUGUGCUUUGUAGAACUCUACCGGGCAGAGGCAGAAGGCCCCAACAUUGUGCAGAUGUUUUGGAUGAUGGACGUAGAAGUUCAGCCCUUGGAAUAAAAGUACAAACUGCUACUGAAGUCAUCUAUGAGUCGCCAUUUAGCCAUCAAGAUGCUGGCUCCUAUCAUCUGCAGUUUAUGGUCAAGGAUAGUGGUAGUCCUGUUUUGUCUGCAAAGACGUCAGUGUUUUUGACAUUGGCAGUUAGUAACAAUACAGCAGACAUGUUAAAUGCUGCACAUAUGCAUACUGAUAUCAAGAUCCACCAGUAUUUACUGAUUGUCAUUGUGUUGGUUGCAGUCACCGUUGCUAUCCCAAUUACUGCUGCCAUUUCCAUCUGCAUCCUUCGUUGCAUUGAUACCAGAAGUGUUGCACAUGCACAUCCAUUGGCUGCCGCUUCCAGCAAAUAUUAUCCUGAUCAGGCACAUCCAAUGCAUCCAUCUUACCAGACUACUUAUUGGUCUGGUGUGUCUGUUGCUGUACGAGCAGAACAAGAUGUGCUUUGUAGAACUCUACCGGGCAGAGGCAGAAGGCCCCAACAUUGUGCAGAUGUUUUGGAUGAUGGACGUAGAAGUUCAGCCCUUGGAAUAAAAGUACAAACUGCUACUGAAGUCAUCUAUGAGGAAAUCCGAGGUGCAACUGGUGGUAAGAGACAUGAAGACAGAAACUGUAUGGCACCUACUUGUCACCCUGACAUGGAAUCUUCUUCUCACCCUGACAAAGAAGAUCCUUAUGCUGAAAGAUAUGCAAAUCACUGUCAAAAUGUGUCUGUUUCUGAUACGUCAGAUUAUUAUGAACCACACUCAUCGCAGAGUAUCCAAGAGGAAUACACAGAUAUGAAGCCAUCACUACAGACGUUCAUGUCCCCUGGAGAUACAAGGACUGUACCAAGACGGCUUGUUAAUCCUUACAAUCUGGAUGUGAAAUAUCAUCCCCAUCAUACAAAGAAUAUCACGCUUCUCAAGGCUGCCGAUAGUGACAGUCAAGAGAAUGCAUUUCUCAAAUAUGAAAUAACUGCAGGCAACGAUAAACAGUUGUUUGCCAUCAAUCAUUAUACUGGAUUGUUAUCUUUCAGUCGCUUACUUAGCCAUCAAGAUGCUGGCUCCUAUCAUCUGCAGUUUAUGGUCAAGGAUAGUGGUAGUCCAGUUUUGGCUGCAAAGACGUCAGUGUUUUUGACAUUGGCAGUUAGUAACAAUAUGGCAGAUAUGUUAAAUGCUGCACAUAUGCAUACUGAUAUCAAGAUCCACCAGUAUUUACUGAUUGUCAUUGUGUUGGUUGCAGUCAACGUUGAUAUCCCAAUUACUGCUGCCAUUUCCAUCUGCAUCCUUCGUUGCAUUGAUACCAGAAGUGUUGCACAUGCACAUCCAUUGGCUGCCGCUUCCAGCAAAUAUUAUCCUGAUCAGGCACAUCCAAUGCAUCCAUCUUACCAGACUACUUAUUGGUCUGGUGUGUCUGUUGCUGUACGAGCAGAACAAGAUGUGCUUUGUAGAACUCUACCGGGCAGAGGCAGAAGGCCCCAACAUUGUGCAGAUGUUUUGGAUGAUGGACGUAGAAGUUCAGCCCUUGGAAUAAAAGUACAAACUGCUACUGAAGUCAUCUAUGAGGAAAUCCGAGGUGCAACAGGUGGUAAGAGACAUGAAGACAGAAACUGUAUGGCAUCUGCCUGUCACCCUGACAUGGGUUCUUCUCAGCCGGACAAAGAAGAUCCCUAUGCUGAAAGAUAUGCAAAUCAUUGUCAAAAUGUGCCGAUGUCUGAUACAUCAGAUUAUUAUGAACCACACUCAUUGCAGAGUAUUCAAGAAGAAUACACUGAUAUGAAGCCUUCACUACAAACAUUCAUAUCCCCUGGAGAUACAAGGACUGUACCAAGACGGCUUUUUCUUGGUAAUACAAAAUUGCAGAAUAGCCUGAAAAACAUUGCCACUAGGAAAAUUACUUUUUUAAAUAUUUAA